ACCCCGAGAUUUUCCACACGAAUUUCCCCAUCCACUUCCCUCGUCACGACUCGCGAUCUCGGUUGAAAGAGAUGCCCCAGAUGGCAGGAACGGUGUGAGGACUGUAGAGGGAGAGGACUGAGGCGCCGACCUCGCCGCCGGGAUCCUAUUCGUCCUCAUCCCUGAUCUCGCGUGUUCAGGCAAGCGAUUCCGCCGGGGAUUGCGGUUUCUUGGGGUGGCCUUGGGAAGGAAUGCUGGUGGCGACAUGCUAUGCCGCGGAGCCGUGCGAUCGCUGUUGGAUCGUCUUCGGCCGCCACCUCGGGGGUGGAAGCAGAACCCUAGCCCCGCCAUGCCGACGGCCGUCGACCGCGCCUGCUUCUGCAGGUUCAGCCAUUCCGCUGCGCACGGCGAGGGUCGCGCUGUGCUGCCGGGGAAGAUGGGGUUCCUUCAUCUGGCCGGCGGGCGGAGGUUUGCGCCGAGCGGCGCGCUCAGCUUGAAGGGGUGCCAGGGGUGGCAGGACGGCGGCGGCGGCAGCGGGUUCAGGAGGAGGGUCGACGGGGAGGCGGCGGGGAUCAAGGCGCAGGUGCUCACCAGGCAGCGCCAGCUGAUGCGCGAUCCGGAGGUCCUGCCGCCAGAGGAGGCAGCCGCCACCGCGAAGACCCUGAACGGGAACGGCGCAUGCCGGCGAGGGAGGCCGCUGGGCUUCCCUGAGCAGGCUGUGGCGGCUAAGAUGGUGGUUGCUGUUGAUGUGGAUGAAGUUCUUGGAAGCUUUCUUGCAGCACUGAACAAAUUUAUUGCUGAUCGUUAUUCUUGGAAUCACACAGUAUCCGAAUACCAUGUGUAUGAGUUCUUUAGGAUAUGGAACUGUUCUCGUGAAAGAGCUAAUUAUCUUGUCCACGAGUUCUUCACAACCCAUUAUUUCCAAGAUGGUAUACAGCCUAUCCCCGGUGCCCGAGACGCUCUCCAAAAUCUUUCUUCAUUCUGUAGCUUGUCUAUAGUAACAUCUCGGCAGGAUGCAAUUAAGAAUCACACAUUAGAGUGGAUCGAGAAGUAUUAUCCAGGCUUAUUUGAGCAGAUCCAUUUCGGGAACCAUUUUGCUUUGGAGGGCAAGUCAAGACCAAAAUCAGAGAUUUGCAGAUCAUUUGGCGCUCAGGUUUUAAUAGAUGACAACCCAAGAUAUGCUAUGGAGUGCGCUAAUGAUGGCAUGAGGGUGCUGCUCUUCGAUUACGAUAACUCAUACCCUUGGUGCAAGACUGGAGUUGACGAGUCGCAUCCACUGGUGACCAAGGUCCACAACUGGGAAGAAGUGGAGGAGAAACUUCUUUCUUGGGUAGUACCUGAGAGCUGACAUUAUUCGCCAGCGUGAGAAGCACUGCCUAAGAUCAACAAGUGCUUCCUAUUUCUUGAUUUGUGAAGAAACAUGUUAGGGGUGAAUAGAACUUUAUUUUUGAUACACAAAGCAUAGACGCUUCUAUUGGCAGAGAUCAUAUUUGUUCUUUUUCAUCCUUCCGCCCUAAGGUGGGUGUAGUAUGUAUAUAUUGACAUUGCCAUAUGGUAAGAUGAAUUUAGAUGCUAAUAAUGGAUCAUCCACAUGCCGUUCAGAUGAA